UCCUCCCACUUUCCCACUGUGGAAGUUUUUGGUUCGUCUCUCAGUGUCUGCUUCGCCUCUGAAAGGAAAAGCUUUGCUGCUGAGAUGUGGGGGGUAAAAGUUAUUAUUUUCAUCCUUUGUUUGGUGCCCACCUAUCAGCAGUUCCCUCGCCUUUGUGUAACGCAACAAGCCCUGCGGACCAAGGAGUGCUGUCCGGUGUGGGAGGGGGACGGCUCAGCCUGUGGAGCCAGGUCAGGCAGGGGCUCCUGUGAGGAUGUGGAGAUCUCAGAGCAGCCCGACGGACCGCAGUACCCCUUCUCGGGACUGGACGAUCGAGAGAAGUGGCCUUUGGUUUUCUACAACCGGACUUGUCAGUGUGCAGGGAACUUUAUGGGGUUUAACUGUGGGGACUGCAAGUUUGGCUACUUUGGGGACACCUGCAACGAAAGAAGAGAGUCCCUCAGGCGGAACAUAUUCCACCUGACCAGGGCUGAGAGAAACAGACUCAUUUCUUACCUGAAUCUUGCCAAGCAGACGAUCAGCAGGGACUAUGUUGUUGCAACAGGGACCUAUAGGGAGAUGGAGAAUGGCUCCAAUCCGAUGUUUGCUGAUGUUUCUGUGUAUGAUGUGUUUGUCUGGAUGCAUUACUAUGUGUCUCGCAAUGCGCUGUUAGGUGGGCCAGGGAAUGUCUGGAGAGAUGUGGACUUUGGACACUGGGCUCCUGCAUUCCCACCAUGGCACCGUGUUUACUUGCUGCACUGGGAACAUGAGAUCAGGAAGCUGACAGGAGACAUGACUUUCUCCAUUCCCUACUGGGACUGGAGAGAUGCACAGGACUGUGACGUGUGCACUGAUGAGUUGAUGGGGGCCCGGAGCCCCCACGACCUCAAUCUUAUCAGCCCAGGCUCUGUCUUCUCCUCUUGGAAGGUGCUGUGCUCCCAGUCCGAGGAGUACAGUAACAGGGGUGUUCUCUGUGAUGCCAGAAAUGAAGGCCCCCUCCGCCGUAACCCUGGAAACCACGAUCGAAAUAUUGUGCAAAGAUUGCCAACUUCUGCAGAUGUGGAGUUCACACUCAGCCUCCCAAACUAUGACACUGGAGCAAUGGACCGCACCGCCAACAUGAGCUUCAGGAAUACCCUGGAAGGAUCCGGGGACCCUCAGACUGGGUUGGGAAGCAGUUCUAGUUUGGGUAUGCAUGCUGCCCUGCAUGUGUUCAUGAAUGGAUCUAUGUCCUCUGUGCAGGGCUCUGCAAAUGACCCCAUAUUUAUGCUUCAUCAUGCUUUUGUUGACAGUAUCUAUGAACAGUGGCUAAGGAGACACAGACCAUCUCCAUCUCAGUAUCCGGAGUCUAAUGCUCCCAUAGGGCACAACGGUGAUUACCACAUGCCUCCGUUUAUACCCCUGCACAGAAACAAAGAGUACUUUAUUUCCAGCAAAGACCUUGGAUAUGAGUACUCUUAUUUGUUGGAUGCCAACCAAAGGCUUGCAGAAUCCAUGCGUCCCUACCUGGAUGAGCUGCACGAUGUGUGGCCUUGGCUGAUCCUUGCAGCGCUCUGCGGAGGAAUUGUGACUGUGACCACAGCUAUCGCUAUCCUUCUCGCUAAGCAUCGAUUCAAAGCCUGGCCUCGCAGGAAGACUUGGAAAAACUUCCUUGCCUUACCAGAAAAGCAGCCACUUAUCUGGAACAAUGAAACUGAAGCCAGCCACCGUAACUACCAAACAACUAUGUAAUUAUUCAUUGCCAAAAACAUGGGAGUAUUACUAAUGCUUAUCUAAAUAUAUCUGUUGCAUGCAUUAAGAAAACUAUGUAAAAUAACAAUGUUUACAAUUGAUUACAUUUUAAUAAAUUAUAUCAAAUUCUUCCAAAGCAUUGAUGGAAGGAUGCAGCACAUGCUUUUAACAUAUGUUCUUGGAGUAUCGUCAUUUUUCAGAAAAUGUUUUCAUGAUUCCAGACAUGUAUUCUUUAGCUUUAUUAUGAUCAUUUUGAAAACUAAUUCUGAUUUACUUAUUAGUUGUGAACUUGAGCUUUCAGUCUCUUUUUGAAUGAAUUAGGAGAACCUUA